CCGCACUUCGUCGCAAAGCAUUGUAGGAUAGAUUUGAGUCAUGGCGGAUGUGAGAUAGGAGAAAUUCGUUUAUAUUCCGUGACUCAAAAAGGAUUUCGUACUUUCUACAGCAUUCAAAAUGGAUUCUUUACCAUUAAUUUAUUCAAUUUUAUUUUCGGUUUUAAUUAUAUUUAAAGAUGUUACAUCCUUUACAUUAACUGCAUCGAAGAGUGCUGACAAGGCUAUUCUUGGUGAUAAUCCAUUUACACUAUCGUGUGCAUAUACACUAACAGGAAAUGAGCAACUGUUUACAAUAGAGUUAGAAAGAAAAAGAGACACUGUUAAUACUGAAGCCUUUGAAACUAUCUUGACUUUUCAAAAUCCAAGCAGUCCAUUAAAUUUUACUUAUCAAGAUACAGCAUUGGAAGAUAGGACUGUUGCAACAAAGCCAACAGAGGAAAGUAAAACAGCAACUCUUGUUUUCAACACAAUAGAGUGUGAUGACAAAGCCACAUACAAUUGUAAGGCUUUGUACACAGAUGGUGCUGUAAAAACUGCUGUGAGUUCUGUAUCUGUUCUUGUAAGAGCUAAUACAUUAUUUGAAAAAGAUAAGACAAUUUCACAUACACCAUCAGCAAGCUUAGAAGAGGGUGAUGACGUCACAUUUCAAUGUAGUGGGGAUGUGGGUAAUGAACCAGUCGGCCAUCUUGGCUGGUUCUAUUACCUCAAUAACGACACAUCAUUUCCAAUCAAUGCCUCUGACAAAGCAGUAUCGCAAGCACCAGUGUAUCAACCAGGAACAUGUAGUUACAAACGAACAUCAACACUUCAGUUGAAAAUGCUCAGAUCGUUCAAUAACAUAUUAGUGCGCUGUACUGUGCAACAAGAUAAAUACAACCAGUUUGGAGAUGGUCAUGCGCAGACUACGAAUAUUCAAGUAUAUUACCCUCCAAAGGUUACUGCUAUAGCUGACAAAACAGUUGAUGAAGGAACUGAUUUGUUGACCUUGAACUGCGUAGCAGAUGCCAAUCCACCACCGACGUAUUCCUGGCUUCUACCAAAUGGAACAGUGACUGACGGUCAAAGCGUGUCACUCACAAACCUUGAAGUUGGAGACAACGGGACAUACACCUGCUUAGUGUACAAUAUAUACAAACAAGUGAACCAUACAGCAAAUGAAACAGUGUAUAUCGAUGUCCGAAAAACUACCACACCAGCCCCGACUACAACCCCAAAAAUUACUACAGGUCCCACAGGAGGAGGUGAGGGUACAACAGUAGCACAGAUUCGAGACGGGGAUGAUGAUGAUAAGACCACUCUAGGGAUUGCUUUGGGAGUAAGUUUUGGAGUCAUUGUCAUCAUUUGCAUUGUUGUCAUAGUAUUGUGUGUGAUGAAGAAGAGAAGACCAAAGGAAAUUGAAGAACCACCAGAGAAGCCAAGGAAUAAUCAAGAUUUAUCAUAUUAUGGUAACAGGCCAGAUCUGGUGUCAGCCGAUCAUGGUAUGAAGAACAAUAUGGGAAGUAGUGCUCUCAAUUCAAGCUUUAAUAAUUCGUUUGACAGUUCCGAUGUUAAGCCACGCAACGAGGAUGGUCUUCUGUAUAUUGACCUUCAGUUUGACGAUAAACCGAGAAGCCGUAGGCCAAUUCAGAUCCUUGACAAUGGAAGCACGCCUUACGCCGAUAUUGUAAAUCCAAGAGUAUAACUUCCAAUCCCUUGUGUUCAAGUGUUUUGAUUAAGCUGUGUUAUAAAAACAAAAGUUGAACUUGUACAAGAAGCAAUAAAAAGUGAUUCAAAAGGAAGUUUACAUAAGUGUUGAUCUGGGUCAAGUUGUGAGUUUUACAAGGUUGUGUAAUCGUUUUAUUGUGGAAAUAAAAAAAAAAG